GAACCCGGCCCGAGAGAAAUUUUGAUGCUGACGUUAAAACGGUUAAAUUUUGGGGUCCGUAUUGGCAAGACCAACGCAACUUACAUCUAGCUUGCAUCGAUUAGCGCUAUUCGCAGUUGUAUCCAACUGCAGUAGCAGCGCAAAGAGUUGCUGGCCUUUCUCCCACUUCGAAUGCAUAUUUUCAUUAGUGUGUUUAUGGCUCUUUCAAGAGAAGCUUAGGGUUUUAGAUUGAGGCUUGCUCAAUGGUGGAGACACGGAGAAAGCCUUUGGUCCUUUCUUCGACCAAAUUCCUCGUGGAUUCCAUACUGAGUUCGUCCAAACUUAGUGAACGGGAUCGACUCGGCGAAAAUAGGCUUCCCGGAAAUGACGUGUCACCAAGUUUAAAGUUACCAGCAGGAAUUCUCCGGUUAUCGAAGGAUAAAAUUGGAGUUUCGGGCUUCAAACUAACUUCUCUUGACGAUUCUGCUUUGGUCGGUCUUUCGACGGCUGUUCUCAAGAGAUUGGGAAUUACUUCUGGUUCGCUGGUGCUUAUCAUGAAUAUUGAGACAACGGUGCACAGGAUUGCUCAAGUUGUCAUUCUAGAUCCUCCCAGAAAUAAUGAACAUAGAUUUGGUGUUAAAGGACCAACUUCCAAUUCACCCCAUACGAUGCUUGUCUUUCCUUCUUAUAAACUUCCUUCGGAUGAGAUGCCUUUGUUAGACCGGGAAAUUGCGUAUCUUUCUCCUCUAUUAGCUUUUAACCUUGACUUGCAUGUAUCUUGUUUAAAAUCACUUGUUCACCAAGGGAAUGAAACUUUAGCAUCUCUUUUUGACCCUAAUGUGGAUGCUGAGACUUGUAGAGAAGUUAGCGAUGGUUCGUUAAUCAGUGUAGGGCUCAAACCCUUGUCUCAAGUGCUAAAAUAUGCUUCACACUUGAGGGUUUCUUUCGUUAAGAUUCCGGAAUGUGGUACUCUGGAAUCUUUGAAAGGAAGUUCAUCAAUUGAAGCUGAAGCUCGCCAAGAAAUGAUUGAUUUGGCAUUACACAGCUACUUUGAAGUUGAUAGGUUUCUAGCAAGAGGCGAUGUUUUCAAUAUCUUCAUACAUUGGAAUUGCAAAUCAGAAAUUUGUAUCCCUUGCAGCCAAAGGUCACAAAAUAGAAGUGAUAAUAUUAUCUACUUCAAGGUUAUGGCUAUGGAGCCACCAGAUGAAGCCAUUCUUCGAGUCAAUUGCACUCAAACAGCCCUUGUGCUUGGAGGGAAUGCCCCUUCAGCUCUUCCUCCAGAUCUGCUGAUUGAUGGUCCCAAAGGUUUUGCCCCUUUUCAAGGGGACACAAUAAAAAUCUUGGCCUCCAUACUUGCACCACCUUUGUGCCCUUCAGCUCUCUCUUCAAAAUUCAGAGUUUCUGUCCUCCUAUAUGGUCCAGCAGGAUGUGGGAAGAGAACUGUAGUUAGAUACAUUUCUCGUCGCUUAGGCCUUCACGUUGUGGAAUUCAGCUGUCAUAAUCUUAUGGCAUCCUCUGACAGAAGGACAACUGUUGCACUAGCUCAAGCUUUCAACACAGCUCAAAGAUAUUCACCCACAAUACUUCUUCUCCGCCAUUUUGACGUCUUUCGAAAUUUGAUGUUGCAUGAGGGUUCACCAAAUGAUCAAAUUGGUCUCACCUCAGAAGUUGCAUCGGUUAUUAGGGAAUUCACCGAACCAGUUGCUGAAGAUGAUGACAAUUACUCAGAUGAAAUAUCAAAUGGUGAUCUUCCCAUCAAGGAUACUGGAAAAAUUAAGCAUCAGGUAUUGCUAGUUGCAGCAGCUGAGAGUUCUGAGGGUCUACCACCAACUGUAAGGCGUUGCUUCAGCCACGAAAUAAGUAUGGGUCCUCUCACUGAAGAGCAAAGGGUUGAAAUGGUGUCCCAGUUACUGCAAAGUGGUUCUGAGCUCCUCUCUGAUACUCGGCUAGAAGAUACUGUGAAGAACGUUGUUGGACAGACUUCAGGUUUCAUGCCCAGGGAUUUGUGUGCAUUAAUUGCUGAUGCUGGUGCAAGCUUAAUCCAGAAAGGCAAUAUUCAUGUUGGUGAACCUGAGGUUAAGAACAUGGAUAGUUCUUUUGGAGACAAAGUAGUACAGAACCAUGAACCAAGGACAGCUUUACCUCAGGUUUUGGGGAAAGAACAUUUGCCUAAAGCCUUGGAGCGGUCUAAGAAGAGGAAUGCCUCGGCAUUGGGUACUCCAAAGGUUCCUAAUGUAAAAUGGGAAGAUGUUGGUGGCCUUGAGGAUGUGAAGAAAUCAAUUUUGGAUACUGUUCAGUUACCUCUCCUGCAUAAGGAUUUGUUUUCAUCUGGGUUGCGUAAGCGCUCUGGUGUUCUGCUAUAUGGUCCUCCAGGAACAGGAAAAACUUUGUUGGCAAAAGCUGUUGCAACAGAAUGUUCCUUAAAUUUUCUAAGUGUAAAAGGGCCUGAACUGAUCAACAUGUAUAUAGGAGAAUCAGAGAAAAAUGUCCGUGACAUUUUCCAGAAGGCAAGAUCAGCACGCCCAUGUGUAAUAUUCUUUGAUGAACUUGAUUCACUCGCCCCAGCUCGGGGUGCCUCAGGAGAUUCUGGCGGUGUUAUGGACAGAGUAGUUUCUCAGAUGCUUGCAGAGAUUGAUGGCCUAAAUGAUUCUACACAAGACCUAUUUAUCAUAGGGGCAAGCAACCGACCUGAUCUAAUUGACCCAGCACUCCUCCGGCCUGGCCGAUUUGAUAAACUGCUGUAUGUUGGAGUUAAUUCUGAUGCAUCUUACAGGGAGCGGGUCCUUAAGGCACUUACCCGUAAGUUCACAUUGCAUCAAGAUGUCUCGCUUUACUCAAUAGCAAAGAAAUGCCCUCCAAACUUCACUGGUGCAGACAUGUAUGCUUUAUGUGCAGAUGCUUGGUUUCACGCUGCAAAGCGCAAGGUUUUGAGUUCGGAUUCAGAGUCAUCUUCAACUGUUCAUGCAGCUGACUCAGUGAUUGUUGAAUAUGAUGAUUUUGUGAAGGUCUUGAUGGAGCUGUCUCCCUCCCUCUCCAUGGCAGAACUCAAGAAAUACGAGUUGCUACGGGAUCAGUUCGAAGGAUCUUCAAAAUGAGUUGUUGGUGAGUCGCAGUAAGAUUAUUUAUCAUGUAAUAGUAGUGGUCUGCAACUGCAACCAUUUAUCCAGUAAAAUAAAUUUUGGUUUAUACAAUAAAAUUGAACCACAAUGUACCGACAAAAUAACUCCAUACUUAGUGUUUUAAUUGCCCAGGAUCUGUAAAAUCUUUAGUGGGACUACUGGUUGGCAUACAACGUGGUAGCUUAAUACAGCUGUGACUUGGUAUUUAGAGUGUCAUGGUGAUUGAAGCAAUUAAAUUACAGAUAUUCAUAUAAACACAUUUUCUUGUCAA